UAGUCAUACGCUCAGACCCUCGGUAGUAGUAGGAGGUAACGUAAGCACGUUGUUAACAUUACAGUUACGGCACCUAAAAGGAACUUACUGUAAUGUUGCUCGAUAGAUAGUAUUGGUCUCGACACUCUUUCGUGUUUAAAAUUUUUCCAUUUCAAAUUACCUUUUUUUUUUUUUUUUUUUUUUUUUAGUAUAAGUUAUUUAAAGUGAUUUAAAGGGGAAAAUGGCGCACGGUGUAGUGAAAAGUGAACCAAUUCAAAAUUCUCAACCAGAAAAGGUGCUCCAAAAAAAGACAGUAGUAACCGGGAGCAGAAGAAUAUUUCCCGCAUCAUUUAAAAUAAAAGUUUUAGACUCAUAUCGAAAUGACAAAGAUUGUUUGGGAAAUCAGCGUGCGACAGCUCGAAAAUACGGAAUUCAUCGACGGCAAAUCCAAAAAUGGUUACAGUGCGAGCAAGAUUUACGCAACAGUUGUGCUAACUCUAAUUCUAAUUCUAAUUCUAAUAACACAAGUGGAAGUAAGCCUGGAAUUGAUCUAACGGUAAGAAUACAAGAAAUUCCGCGACUUCCUUUAGUUAACGAGGACCCAAAGUAUUGUAAUUGGAAUUACGAAAACUAUCGAAGUGAACCGAGUGUUUAUAGUGGCUACUCGGCUGAUAAUGAAAGAGUUAGUCCAGAUUCUACUAGCACAAUUGGAUCUGAAAGAGAGGAUUUUUCUAGUGAGUGCAAAAAAAGUGCAGAUAGUAAAUUUGGAUCUAUUAGAAUUCUUAUUGGGUCAGAUGAUAGGAAUUCAUCCAAACCUACGGAUUGUUUAAUUAGAAAUAAUAAUGGGUCAGAUUUAGUAAAACCCUAUGAAAAUUAUACUGGGUCUAAAGAUUUUUCCAGGAAUUUAAUGAAAUCUAAUGAAAGUUCCAAUGAAUCUAUAAUUGAAUGUAAUUCUAGAAUAUUAACAAAACCUAACGAAAGUUUGAUUGAUAACAGAGUACCCAGUAAUGGAAUGUCUAACCAAGAAUAUCCAAUAAUUCCAGAAAAUAUAAUUGGUACUACUAUAACUAAUAAAAUUGGAUUAAUAAAUAAUGGAAUGACUCAAAAUUAUUGCAGAUAUCCAACAAGCACUCGAGAUUCCAAUUACAAUAUAAGACCGGACGCUGGAAGUCCGAUAGUCUCAAAUUCAAUAAAAAAAAUAAUGGGAUUAGAUUCGAAUCUAAACAGAGAAUUAGAAUUGGAUUCGUAUUCAGACUCUGGUUCGCAUAGCCAAUCAGACAGCGAAGACCAAUUGGACUCUUCAGUGGAACUUCGCAGGCACGAUAUCACUCGAAGAAGAUCCUUUCCUUUGGGAUUCAAGCUCCAGGUAUUGGACAAUUUUCACCAGAACGACGAAAAUCAAAGAGCAACUGCAAGACGGUUUAGGAUUAAUAGACGACAGGUCCAAAAGUGGCUGGCUCAGGAAAAAGAGCUGAGAGAAGAGGUGGCACUACGUCGUGGAGAAGCAAGACAGAGAUUGACUUCUGCGGAACCGAGUCCUGGACCGGUUGAUCUUAGGACUUACGGGUUCGCGUAUCAAGACCGGCCGCUUUGUCUGGUGAUGCCGAAGAACAACCCGAAGCCUAAAAAGGACUACAUUACCUUCAAGCCUUAUCUGGACAAUCCCGUUGUCAAGCCCGAUGAGCAACGGAAUGAAAAUACCUGCUACUGCCUUCAAGUUCCUGCAUGGGGAUUCUACCAGGACGGUCCAAGUGCCUUCGUUAGGUACCCUGUGCCCUAUUUGUGAGUUUUAAGGAAGUUUUUUUUUGUCCCGUAGGUUUUUUUGAGGGGAAAGUGGGGUAGUUGAGUCAGAAAUUGCAAGAGCUUUCCAAUGAGUACCCACAUGAUAUAUUUUGGUCAUAUGUGGCGCGUAUGUGAUCAUAUGUGACGCGUAUGAGUCAUGUGUGACGCGUAUGAAUCAUAUGUCGUCAUAUGUGAUCAUAUGUGAUCAAAAGGGGUCAUGUGGGUACUCGUUGGAAAGCUCUCGAAAUUUCUGAGCCAACUAGACACUUUUUAAAGCCAUAAAAUAAUUACAAGCCGGAAAAUAAUUACAAAAUUUAAUUUUCUUUGCUCUUUAAAAUUAACUUCUGUAAGUAUUUUCUCAAAUUCUGCUUCCAUUAAUGUAAAUGUUGUAAAUGUUCUGUUAAUUUAUAUUAUAACUUUAAUGUGCCUUUUAUCGGUAAUUACACUAAUUGACAAACAAUGCCUCAGGACACUAAGUAGAUAAAA